AUGUGCCGGCAGCUUAGCAUGGCUUUUUCUGCUGAAACUGGACAGAAGGUUCCACAAGCUUCAUUCCUGUUGUCAUCAUUUGGUUCUGAGGUGUCACCACAGAUUCCAAAGCAGUCUGUGGCUCAGGAGGGCCCUCAGCUAGACCUUGAUCAGAAGGUAAACCAACUAAUUGUGUUGCAGUGGGGUAAACUUUUGGUUGAGCUGGCAAUGUUGCCUGUGGAUGCAAAGGAGGAAGAACUGAAGGCUGAUUUGGAGGGCAUGAUAUAUGCUGUGGGUGUAUUGGUGUUUGGUACAGAGGAUAGUAAGGUGGGAUUUGCACUGGACCAGGAUACUGAGGUAUAUAAUGCAAACCUCCUUGGAUCAACUGUGUUUCAGAUUGUUGCUUUUUUCCAUCAGCUUCAGAAACAGGAUUUUCUGAUGAUUCGUCUUGAUCGACCUGAAUCAGUGGCUCUUGAAGGAAUCCGGGCAGAUGAAGGAACCCUGAUGCUCCUGUCAAGCUUCACUCCCUUCUCAUCGCACUGGUUAAUCCCAAUUGGAGGCGAAUUGGACAUGGAAAACGAAGAACUAGUUGACCCAAAUGAUGAACUCGUUUCCAGAACCAAUGACUCAGCACUGAGCUUACCCUCGCCACCGCCGCCGCCCAUACACCCACUCUCCAAUGGAGUCUCCAAAUCCGGCACAAUGCUCAUCAAUAAACCGGAAUCCGCAGAUUGCCCCUUCUGCAAAACACCCGUGCUCUUUAGAGCAUCUGAGAACCAGGUAUCUGAUUUGGGGUCGAGCAGGGCCGACCCCACGGAUUCGGGCUUGAUGGGGAAGAGGAACAAUCUGAUGCGCGCGGGUGGAUCGAUCCGAUCGUGCUCCUCCAGCAUGUUCGACAGAUCCUCGUCGGUUAGAACGGAGAUUAGCGAAUCGAGGUCCUCGCUAGGAAGCUGGUACUUGAGGAGAAAAGGGCGGUUGUUUAGGAGGGCUCGAGAGAGAUGGGCGGAGAGCGCCGAGAGCGGCGGUCGUGCGGCGAUCCAAGGCGACGAUGCGGGUCUCGCCGCCGGCGUAGAAGAGAGAUUUGUCGUGAGGGCGAGGGAGUAUGUGGCCGCCGUAGCUGCACAUCAGACGGAGCUUCGAGGGUACGAUUGGCGGGCGGGGCGAUGUGGUUACAGUGCCGGCGGGUGGAGGCGUUGCGAGCUCCAUAGUAGAGAGAGGUUUGAGAGAGAGAGAGAGAGAGAGAGAGAGUGA